UUAGACCGGUGAAGACAAAUUUUUCACGCACCGCUAAGCGCAAUUCAUCGUAAGUCGUCGAUGACUCACGUAACAUUAAUAUUUAACAGCAACAGAUAUUAGCAACAGAUAUUCAAAUUAAUUUGAUUGAGAAUUAAAAGUUUACUUCUUGUCACCAUGUCCAGUUUGUUGGCCAAAAGACUGGCCUCCGAUCCUGUUUCGAAAAUAGAGCUGUCCAUUCGAUGUAACAGUUUGAUGAAUAGAGAUGUGACUUCGCUAUCUGAUCCUUGUUGUGUCGUCCAGCUGAUGACAGGACCCAAUGUUUUCACUGAGAUUGGGAGAACUGAAAACAUCAAAAAUUCUUUGAAUCCAGUGUUUGCAAAGAUUUUUCAAGUUGAUUAUUAUUUUGAGGAGGUUCAAAAAAUUAGAUUUUUAGUUUACGACAUUGACAACUCUACACAAACUCUGGAUGACGAUGAUUUUCUUGGUUCUGUGGAAUGCACUCUAGGAGAGAUUGUAUCAAACAGCCCAUACUCAAAGCCUUUGUUCCUGAAGAAUGGCAAAGUUGCUGGAAAGAGCACCAUAACUAUCAGAGCAACUGAGGCAGCUCAAUCCAGUGAAAUUCUUUUAUUGCAGUUCAGUGCCAAAAACCUUGAUAAAAAGGACCUGUUAGGUAAAUCUGACCCAUACUUGGAGUUCAGUAGAAGAACAAAGGAAGGGACAUUCCAACUCGUCCACAGGACUGAGGUCGUGAAGAAUGAUUUGAAUCCGAGAUGGCGGGCUUUUGAGAUAAAAUCAUCCAAGUUGUCUGGCGGUAACAUCAAGGAACAAGUUAAGGUUGAUUGCUACGACCACGACAAUGAUGGGUCACAUGACUUCAUUGGAAGUUUCGAGACGACUGUCGAAGAAAUGAUGCAGGCAUCCAGUAAAGUGGUUCAAUGGCCGUGCAUAAAUGCACAGAAGAGGGCUAAAAAGAAGGGCUAUCAGAAUUCUGGAGUUGUUAUGCUUAACUCGUGCAAGGUCACGAAGGAGUUUUCAUUUUUGGAUUACGUAUUUGGAGGACUUCAGAUCAACUUCACUGUGGGCAUCGACUUCACGGCAUCCAAUGGAAAUCCGAACACUCCACAAUCCCUGCACUACAUGAACCCAAGUCAACCCAAUCAUUACAUGAGGGCUAUCCAAUCAGUUGGACAGGUCAUUCAGGAUUAUGACAGUGACCAGAUGUUUCCAUCGCUGGGAUAUGGAGCCAGGGUACCUCCCAACAUGGAAGUCUCUCAUUGCUUUGCUCUCAACUUCAACACUUCAAACCCUUUUUGUGCGGGUGUCCAAGGAAUUUUGGAUGCAUACAGAAUGUGCUUGUCCAGAAUCCAGUUGUACGGACCAACAAAUUUUUCUCCAAUCAUCUACCAUGUUGCUCAACUUGCUGCUGCAUCCCAAAAGGAUCGCAGACCUUCGAACUAUUACGUGCUGCUCAUCAUCACUGAUGGAGUCAUCUCAGACAUGCAAGACACGUUGAGAGCAAUUGUUUAUGCCUCUGCCCUACCUUACUCCAUCAUCAUCAUCGGCGUCGGUGAUGCAGACUUCCAGGCCAUGGAUAUUUUGGAUGGUGACAAUGGCGUUCUGAGAGACUCGUCGGGCAAUGUGGCCAAACGUGAUAUAGUUCAAUUUGUGCCUUUCAGGAACUAUGAGAGGGCCUCGCCAGCUGCCCUCGCCAAACAAGUCCUUGCUGAAAUUCCCGAUCAAGUUGUCAAAUACUUCAGAAUGAAUAAUAUUGAACCUGAGAAGCCCAAACCAUUUGAUCACAACGCCGUUAAGAUGGUUGCGAGUGCCAACCAAGCCACGACACAACAACAGUCAAUGUAUCCUGGUGUUUCUUCCAUACAGCAGACUGCACAGCAGUCAUCAACCAAUCCUCCAUCCAGCCAGCCGAGUACAACUCUUUCUCAGCAACCUGGAUACAAUCCUGCGGCCCAACAACAGCAACCACCUGCAGCAUAUCCUUCGCAAGGAUAUUCAGGUCAAUAUCCGGCCCAUCAGCCUCCUCAGCAACCAUUCAGUCCGGCUGCACAAACAAUGUUGAAUUAUGUUAGCCACCAAUCCGGUUAUCAACCUAGCCAACAAUCAAGCCAAGGGCAUUAUCCCGGAAGUUACCCUCCUGCACAAUAUCCUGGAGGUUAUCCUGGACAAUAUCCAGGUCAGCCUGCUCCUCCUGGUUAUCCGGGUCAACAAACAGGGGCUCCAUACCCAAGUCAAGGCGCGGCUUGUCCACCGCAAGGAGCAUCGUAUGCAAGUCAAGGUCAGUCUUAUACAGGUCAUAGUGCUUCUUACACUGGUCAAGGAGCUCCGUAUCCUAGUCAUAAUCAACCUUAUCCGGCUCAAAGUGCACCUUACCCGGGUCAGGGAGCACCUUAUCCUGUAAAUUUGUUUUAUGCGUUUGAUCGAGUUGGUCAUGUAUGGCUCUCAAGUCCCAGCUUAUUCCAUGGUAUUGUCAGAAAAGAUGAGAUUGAAGUCAUAGAGAACAAUAUACAAAAGUCAAUAUUGGAGACAAUAAGACGAAAGCUAGUAACCGGCGAGUCUGAAAUAUUGGAAAUUUGUUAUUCCACCUGCUGCUCGCCUUACUGUUGUUUGUUGUUCGCCGAUGGCGAUGUCAACAUCAACUCCGGCUAA